GAUCCCGGUGGAGUUCACGUUUCGAGACGCCCCUAGCGGCACCCUCGCCUCCCCGCGUCUGAGCGCCCGUUCCGCGGCGGCUGCGACCAUGAAGGAGAGACGCGCUCCCCAGCCAGUCGUGGUCAGGUGCAAGCUUGUCCUAGUGGGAGACGUGCAGUGCGGGAAGACGGCGAUGCUGCAGGUGCUGGCUAAGGACUGCUACCCGGAGACCUAUGUGCCCACCGUGUUUGAGAAUUACACAGCCUGUUUGGAGACAGAGGAGCAGAGAGUAGAGCUCAGCCUCUGGGACACUUCGGGCUCUCCCUACUAUGACAACGUCCGUCCACUCUGCUACAGCGACUCAGAUGCGGUAUUGCUGUGCUUUGAUAUCAGCCGUCCGGAGACGGCGGACAGUGCACUUAAGAAGUGGAGGGCAGAAAUCCUAGAUUAUUGUCCCAGCACACGUGUUUUGCUUAUCGGCUGCAAGACAGACCUGCGAACAGACCUGAGCACUCUGAUGGAGCUGUCCCACCAGAAACAGGCCCCCAUCUCCUAUGAGCAGGGCUGUGCAAUAGCCAAGCAGCUGGGCGCAGAAAUCUACCUGGAAGGGUCAGCUUUCACCUCUGAGAAGAGCAUCCACAGCAUCUUCCGGAUGGCCUCUAUGGUGUGCCUGAACAAGCCCAGCCCAGCGCCCCCACGGAGCCCCGUCCGGAGCCUCUCCAAACGGCUGCUGCACCUCCCCAGUCGCUCCGAACUCAUCUCCUCCACCUUCAAGAAGGAAAAGGCCAAAAGCUGUUCGAUCAUGUGAAGUGGGAGCUGCGGGGGAGGGGAGACAACCCCCCACUUCCUCCCUUGGGGUGCAGAGGCACAGGGCGAGGGAGGAUGAGACAACUUGAGGACACUGGACAUGAGAUUUUCAGGUGGCCAUGAAAAGGAGACAGGACUGGGACAAGGACCUGACGCUGAGAAGGAACCAUCACACCCAAGCCAGGUACUAGACUGCAGGGGGCAUGUGCCCCAGUGCCCUUGGCUCCAGAACAAGGGAAGAUGUGGGGGUGCGGGGAGGCAUUCAGGGGCUUGGGGGCCCACGGGGGGCCUCCAUGCCUCUUCCACACAGCUCUUCCAUGCAGGCCAGGGGACGAGAGGGGUCCUUGACCCUUCUCCUCCCCCUCCAAGGAGGUGUCGAGUGAAGAAGCCAGCGGGCAGCUCCCUUGGGAGCAUGGCCCAGGUGCUUCAUAACCGAAACCGGACAGGCAGGAGCUGGUCAGAGCUGAUGAGAAGCGAGUCUCAUCUUUGCAUAGCUCAUGUCUCAUGGGGAGGUGACAUCACACAUCCACACACGCUUCUCACCCAAGUCCCCAGAUCUUUGCGGAGUGUGGGGGUGGUGGUGCUGCAGGGGCAGGGCUGGGUGAGGGGGUCACCAGACUUCUUCUGCCCUUGGGGCAGUAUAGCUGGCGUCUGUUUUAUAGACUCUUGUCUUUGGAAUUGGGGGGAGGGGGGAGUCUUUUCAUCUGUUCU